AGAAACAAAAAUAAACCUAAAGGAAUUUUUUUGGAGGCACAAAAACACAUGCAAUAUUGCAACAUAAACUCAAACAAAAGCAAAAAAAUAAAAAUAAAAAAUUAUUAAAAAGUUAUGGUUUUCAUGUCACACAAAUUCCUCAGCAAAGUAAAUGAAAUUAAACUGUGUGAAAAAAACUGCAAUGACAUUAAAAGCAAGAAGACCGACCGACCGUCAAUGACUAAAAGGUGUUAUCAAAUUGCAUGCAACUUGUUGUAAGAGACACCAAAGCGACUUGAAUUACAUGAACAAAGCAAACUUGCUUAAGAGCAAAAAAAAAGAACAUUUUUUUAAACAUAUAAAAUUAGCAACAGCCACAAAGGUGCCCAAAAUUCUAGUACAACCAACAACACCAACAUUGGCGUAACUGUAAAGCGAACAGCAGAACUAAAUUCAGUGCCAUAGUCAGCAAUUGUUGCAUUUGCAUCAUACGCCAUCGAAAUAUUGACCAAUAAGCCAAUGGGACAAAGCCGCCAUUUAAGCUGCUGCCACAAUCAUCAUACUUUGAAAGUUUUGUAAUAGCAAUAGUGUUGACACAAGCCACGUGCACAAGAACAGCAACAAAACAUAAAACUCAACAGCAACAACAACAACAACAACACAUUCGAGUUCGCAUAGAAGCGCUAAGCAGUAGUGCACAGCAGAAGUCUUUGCAUUUCACUCCAUUCUCCACCACUAUUGAGCAGUCUAAAUGUUGUUGCCGUCAUUAACGUUAACAGCACAUUUGCCAACAGUUGAGCGUUUAGUGUCAGAAACGUCAGCGACGGCACUGUCAGCAAGUCCAGCCAGUAGUAGAGUGUGCAAGAUCACUGCAGAAGAAGAAGGAGAAGAAAAAGUGCUGAUUUUACGGCAAGUGAAGAACUAUCAGCUAACGCUAAAACAAAAGAAAAAGCAUCGACAACAUCAGCGGCAGCUAUAUCUGCAGCAGUAUUCCUACAUAGCUCAACAAUAUUUCACUUGUUCCCGCAAUUCCGCAACACUCUGUGCAAUCAGUAGAGGCAACACAACCUAGUCGACAACUUUGGGUGGCAAAGAAAGUUAAAAGAGUUGCAAACGACCAUGCGCGCAUGGCUUCUAUUCCUCGCAGUGCUGGCGACUUUUCAAGCGAUCGUUCAAGUUGCUAGCACCGAGGAUAUAACUUCGAGAUUCAUUCAAGCGAUAUCUCCGCCAAUUAAAGAAACACAACAGACAGCAUUUAGUGCGCGAAAACCAUUUAUGACCGAAAUAUUUGAAGUAAGAAAAAAAUCAUCAAACGUGACGUCAAUAGGUCUACCAGCAAUUAGCGAUAUAACACCGUUAUCAGAGACAAAAUCAGCAACGACUGAAAUUGCGGGUGCUUUCGCGCGUUUAACAAAAUCAAACACCGUCGGUGAUACAGCAAAAUCUACGAUCGUUAGAAGUGAUAAUAAUAGUAAUAAUUUAAAUAAAAUUAGUUCAAAGGAUAUUAAAGAAAGCAAAAGCGGGAAAACAAGUGACGCUCUGAAAGCAAUUGAAGAAAAUUUCGAAGUAAAACAAAAGUUUAAAAACAAAAUUCAAAACUACAACGAAGUGAACGAAAAAAGUGCGGGAAACACUUUAGACAAUACAAUAAAGAAAAAUAGCGCCUGGGAAUCGCAAACAAAUAAAGUGCAACAACAUCUACGCAAUCAAGAAACAAAAAGUACUAAUAAAAUAGAAGAAAUCAGUGCAGUGAUUAGUGCAAAAGAAGUACAAACCGAACUCGAAUAUCUUAGAAAAAUGGCGAUUAAAGAAAAUGCAGAAUCUAUUGUGGCAGCGCACAAAAUGCAAGCCACCCACAGCAAACAGUACCACAAACAUCAUAGGCAACCUCACCCCUACCAUCAUCAUCAGCAACAACAGCAUCAGCAUAAGGACUCACAGCAGGAGCAGUACACACAUCAACAUAUCAUCCAUCAUCAUCAGCAACAUAAAAAAAUGCACGCUGAAGCAAAAGCGAUACAGGAGUUUGCGGCUGUGGAAAAGCGUUUUGCAACGGAAAAUGAACGCUUAGCGACGGUAGACCGUUUAGCGACAAAAUCAGCAGAAGACAUUUUAGCAGCAAGCACAAUUUCACAUGAAGAAGCCGCUGAAAAGUUGGCGCGAGAGUCAGCGACAAUACCAGAUGUUAGCCCCGCUGAUUCUACUUCUUCCUUCUCCUCAAACUAUAUGUCUGCUAUAAAUACUGAUACAGAUAUCGACAGCGAAGACCAUAUCGACAUCAACAGGGAACCCGCCACAUACAGUAAUAAAGACAUCAUCGGUGAGAAACUCAAACCCGAUCCAUCGACUCUAGUCCAAAUUGAGAAUAGCCUUUUGUCGCUAUUCAAUAUGAAGAGGCCACCAAAAAUAGAUCGCACUAAAAUUAUUAUACCGGAAGCGAUGAAACAGCUGUACGCACAAAUUAUGGGUCAUGAAUUGGAUUCAGUGAUGAUACCACGGCCGGGUCUACUUACUAAAUCAGCGAAUACAGUGCGAAGUUUUACACAUAUAGAGAGUAAAAUCGACGAUCGCUUUCCGCAUCAUCAUCGGUUUCGUUUGUACUUUGAUGUGAAGAGCAUACCCGCCGAUGAGAAGCUGAAAGCUGCCGAAUUGCAGCUGUCACGUGUCGCCAUUAAUAAUGCGGUUUUCAAUGCAGGCCUUGCCAAUCGGACAAGCUAUCAGGUGCUCGUUUAUGAUAUAACCCGGGUGGGUGUGCGAGGUAAGCGAGAGCCUAGUUAUCUCCUGUUGGACAACAAGACGGUGCGUCUAAAUAGCACCGAGGCACUCAGUCUUGAUGUACAACCAGCGGUUGAUCGAUGGCUGCAGCAACCGAAAAAGAACUACGGCCUGCUAAUUGAAGUGCGAACGUCGCGCUCACUAAAGCCUGCACCCUAUAAUCAUGUACGCCUGCGACGCAACGCCGAGGAAUCACAAGAAUCUUGGCAACGAAAACAACCGGUGCUCUAUACAUACACCGACGAUGGCAAACCCAAAUCUCGUUCAAUACGUGAAGUGAGUUCACGAUCGAAACGUGCCGGACAUCAUCGGCGUACGCAUCGUAGGAAGAAUAAUGACGAGAUUUGUCGGCGGCAUUCGUUGUAUGUGGACUUUGCGGAUGUGGGCUGGAGUGAUUGGAUCGUAGCACCACCUGGCUAUGAUGCUUUCUAUUGUCAGGGCAAAUGUCCGUUUCCACUUGCGGAGCAUUUGAACUCUACAAAUCAUGCGGUCGUGCAAACCUUAGUCAAUAACAUCAAUCCGGGGAAGGUGCCAAAGGCCUGCUGUGUGCCCACACAGUUGGAGGGUGUCUCGAUGCUCUAUCUGAAUGAUCAGAAUAGCGUUGUGCUUAAGAACUAUCAGGACAUGACAGUGGUCGGCUGUGGGUGUCGGUAAUCAGGCGCCAAAGGGAGCAGCAAUAAUGCUCUAAACGACAAAAACAACAAAACAAACAACAAACAAACUGUUGAUAUUCGCAACAACGAGAUAAACGAAUGCAAAUAAAAACAAGAAGCCAAACCAAUGUAGUCGAAUGCGUCGACCAAACAAUGCAAACGCCGUGUGCUUGCGCAAGCGCAAAAAAUUAAAAAACAAAAAAAAACUACAACACAAAAUAUAGACUAGCUUAUCGCGUACAGUAGGGGAGUUGAAAGUGAAAUUCCAUUGCGAAACGGAACGAUACGAUUGGUAAUUAUGAGUAAACGAGAUGACCACUGUACGCGAUAUGCGAAGUGAUGUACGCCAAUUCGUUAGCAACAUAAGUUAAGGAGUUAACGAAUGAAAACGAGUAGCCUCAGGUUACCAGUCUCUUGCCAAGGUACGAAAGGUCAAAGUUCGCAGACCAAUCGCAGUAUGCAAUGCCCCACACAUAAACACACGAGCACACGAGUCGGGAGCGCAGACGAGAGAGCAUUAAUUGCUGGGUUUCAAGCCGCUUCACGCUUUAAUAAGUUUAAAUUUUAUUAAACGAAAUGAAAAUAAAAUGGACUGAUUAUAUGAAUUUUAAGUAUAAAUUAGACUUUAUUUUGUAUGAUGGAGCAAGUUGAUAAGAGACAGCACAGCGCAGAUUAGGACAAAUAAGCAAAUGCGAGAAGUAGCUGAGUUGCGUAGAGAGUUGGUUGAAAGUUUGCUUUGAAUGCUCACGAUUCUCACUAUUGACAGCCUGGAUGUAAAGACUUUUAGUAGUUGAGAAAAGCACACCAACACCACAGCAGAGCCGCAUAGCCGUAGAAACUACAUACUGCACGCACAAGGAAGUGAAGACGCGAAAGAGGGAGAAAAUUAAGUGCUCACCAUGAAACUCGUGUAUCGCCACGACCGAUCAUCUAACGAAGUCGCGAACAACACCGACACCGUCGUCGCCGCCACAUAAAUACCUACCUUGUAGCGGCGUCCUUAGUCAUUUUCCAAUAGCUACGUGCUGCUGACAACUGCGCGUUGGCAACUAUCUUGCCGUGAGCAUCAUUGACGACACGGGCUGUAGAUGUGUGCGUACUUCUGCGCAGACGCAACUAAGCUAGCUGAGAUGUAAAGAAUACGUUGUACAGUAGCGUUAGUAAGAAAAAAUUUAUAGUAAUUUUAAAUAAAUUAAUGUUUUGUUAAUAACUGUUAGUUUUUAGAAUGUAUGAAAUUUGUAUUAUGUGUAAAUCGCAAUAACAAUAUUUGUUUUAUAAUUGUUUUUUUUUUUUUUUUGUUUACAAUCGAAUUGAGUCAUUGGUAGUAGCUGUAUGUAAUUGACGCCUGAUUAAGGGGAAAAAGAAAUUUAUAAACACUACAAAUUUUGAAAAAAUGCUUCGAUUUUCUUCCGAACGAAGAAAGUAUACAAGUACCUCCUUCAAGCACACUUGACUACUAAGCCGUUGCGUAAUAUGGGCUUUACGCCAGGCUUAAAGAUAUAUGUAAAUAUUCACCUAUAUAUAUUCAUUACACAUAAUAUAUAUGUAUGAGUAAGGAUAAUGACAACAUAAAAAACAGAACUUAGCUUCUACUUAUACUCAUACAAUUUACUGAUAGAAUUUGUUAUGUACGAGUAUGUAUGUGGCUGCAGUAACAAUAGGAAUCCUGCAUUCAUUUGCCGCAUCCUUAUUAUGCUUAUGUAUGUAUGUAUGUUUAUCUUAUGAUAAUAUUUUUUUUUUAAUUUUAAUUUUUAGUUUUUGUUUAAUUAUUCCACACAAAGUCUUAGUUAUACAGUUAUAUGACGAUUAUUUUGAUACUAUUUAAAUUUAUUAUUUAAAUAUAUAAAAACAAUUACUUUGUAAAGUUUUUUUUACUACUAAAUAGCAACAUUUGUAUGCAUGCAUACUUACAAGCAAAUGUGUAUGCUUUCCUAAAAAUUAUUAAAUAUAUAUAAAUUUUAUUAUAUAUGCAGAAAUGGUCGAAUACUACAAUAUGUGUAUGUAGAUUAAAUUAUUUCUAAGUGGAAAAUUAUACUAAAAAAUUAAAUGCAAAGAAUGUUAUAAACAACAAUCUCACAUACACACCCAAAAAAAAAAAAACAUAA